AAAAAAACCUAAACUCGCGGUUAAAAAAAACAUAACCUCAGCCAUCUUUGUUUUUCUGUUUAGUUUACUGACGACCCCAUGAUUUCUGGGAUAUUGUUGGCUGCGUAUAGGCUACUCAGAUGCAGCAUAUGUUUUGGGGGUUUUGUCAGCUGCACGAGUAGGCGCCCACAAAUUGGAAUAGCCUACAGCAUGCAGCAGUGACGUAAGCGGCCGACAAAUGCAUCCCUACGUCGGCUGCAACCCUUGAAUUGAGAAACUGUCAUGUAAACAUUAGCACAAAGUAUCGAUGGCUGAAUUUGAUUGGAUUAGAAAGGCACCUGCUGCCUUCAGAGCUGAGGUAGGGUUGCCAAAURUCCCAUAAUAGCUGGAAUGUCCCAUAUUUUAGGCCAAAUUGAAGUGUCCUGUACUGGACAGUCAUUCUCCAGACGGCAGUAAUAAGACUUCAAUACAGGCAGCCAUUUGCAGGUAGACAUUUGUCUAGCACCCCAAACUCUAGGGGGUCCCCGCGGGACAUACAAAGUACUCAUCUCCAUCUCCAUCUUCUGCUGCUUAUCCAUAGUCGAGUCAUGGAGGCAACAGGUACAGGAGAGAAACCCAGACAUCCCUCUUCCCAGCGGCAAUUUCCAGCUUAUCCAGGGGGACUCCAAGGCGUUUCCAGGCCAGAGAGGAUACAUAAUCCCAUGUUUGGGUUUUUCUGUGCYUGUUGCCUCAGCAGCCUGAUCUUGGACAAGCAGAUGAAAACGGAUGGAUGGGUGAACAGAUCAUGUUCUGGACAAUUCAAGGCCUCUAGAUCUCAAAACAAACACUAAGCUUCCUGACACGCGUGUCUAUACUGUAGUACAAAACAAAAUAAGCCAUAUACUAUAUUGUAGACAUCUUGUCCAUUUUUUAAAGACAUAUUUGUCAGCUCAGAGAAAAUAUCAAGGAACAGAAUGGUCAAAAGAACUGUUUCACAUUCCAAGCUUUUUAUACCAGAAUGUAUUUUGUGAGUCCUUUAAAUUAAUCAGUCUGCAACACCUUAUCUGCCUACUGACAGCAAAAUCAAAUCUGUGUUGAAAACAAUGUUAUUUUGAACAUUCAAUCGUUGUGUGGCUGUUUUUAAAGGACUCAACUUGCAGGUUUAAUUUCACUUCAGGUUUGCAGUCCUUUUCUUCCGUCCUGCGAGAAACUCUUAUCUACUUGUUCUCACAAAUKCAACUCUGGGAAAAUAACAUUUGGCUUCAACUGCAAACAAAGCUGGAAGGAUUCUCAAAACAGCAUCACAAGUGCAGGAACACGUCUGUUUUCUUCCUUAGAGCAUCUAAAUAUAGAAAUACUGUAAUCAUUGAUUGUUAGGUGUAAUGUGUGUCCGCACUUCUGUGCAGACAGUCCAAGUCUUAUGUAAUAAAUAUUUAAAAGGCAUUUGUUCAUAGCAUAUUGAAUUAUCAGAAAACUAAUAUACUUAACAACAAGAAUGUGGUGUUAGAUGUAUAGUGUUAGACUGGUAUGAGGGAACUAAAUAUUAAAAUACAAGCUAAACACAAGACGUUUUCAGCAUGUUUUGCUUUAAAAUCAUUAACGCUAUCUGGUUUUUGGUUUGUUUACUCUGAAAGCGCAAUUAUUGCUGUGCAGAAAUGUUCAGUUUUCAAAAGGAUCAGACUCUGAUCCACAUAUAAACACCACAAAUCCCACUUGUCAGUGUGUGCAGUAUUAAGGAUAGAUGUUUGAAAUGCUGGAAACCGGAGUAGUGGUGAGUGAAAAGGAAGCUGAAAAUAAGCUUUUACACCUUGAGAUGUUAAUCCUCAUGUUUUUGACAAGUUGAUAAUUACAGUGUUCUUUUGUAACAGGAGUGCUGAUUGCUCUGAUCAUCUUUAAGAUUUUGUACCAAGCAUGGCUUUAAAAAAAUCCUGUAGCACAAGUAUACCUUUAUGUUUCCUUCGUACACUUUAGGUUAAUUACUUUUUUAAUGCUAACUUUCUUUGACUGUCCAUCAACGGAGAUAUAUUUAUCUUCCUAAACAUACGGUUUUUUUGUAUUGUAUAUCUGAACCAACUUUAGUUGAAAAUAAUAGAACUUAAGCACACAAAGAGACUCCUCAAACCGUCUUUAAGGCAGAAGUGUGUUCAGCUUGUUUCUGGACUAAGAGAACCUUUUGAUGUAAGAGUCGUAUAUUCUGAUUCCAGCAUUCUAUUUAUGGGGGGGAAAGGUGUUUGUGCAACCACAAAACUGACCCAGCCGAGGUGAAUUAUGGGUUAAAAAACAUGUGUCUGUGAGGCAAUGAGCACCAAAAAAAAAACUGUUAAGAUUUGAAAACUAAGCUCAUUUGCAAAAAUAUCUGGCUUUAAAUCAGGCUUAAAGUGGGUUUUAGACAAAGUCCUGACCAGCCAUGAUGCCAUACUGCUUUCGUCUUCAGAGGCUCAGACUACAGAGCCGUGUCGUGUUAGCUUCCUCCCCUCCCCCUCUCGUCUGCAGUGCUGACGCAUUUGCUGCUUUUGCAUCAAUCUGCAGCCUCUAUAUAGGUAGAGCAGAGUCCCUGCUGAGAGCAGGAUCACUCAGUCAGAGCCAUAAAAAAGAAAAAAAAAAGCACCGAUGAACAUCUGUACUGUGACCGCUGUGCUGCCGGUGCCAACUCCUCUUUGCUUUUGCUUUACCUAACAACAGUCACUGCAUAAGCAUGGGCGAAGUGCUCCGGUGUUAUCUGCUGCUGCCCGGGCAGAGAGUGUGCGCACAAGCUUGAAACAGAUGGUGCGCUGUUAUGUAUCGAAGGUGCACAUUCACUCUGAGUGUAAUGGUUUUAUUUAAAGGCGAGACGUUUUCCUGCCACGGUCAACGUGGAACUGCAUCUGGCUCGUGCAGUGCAGGAGAGAUUUAACACCGCAUCCGUUGUACAGCACAAGACUCCUCGUUUUAUGCACUGAUAGCAAUGCAGCUGAGCGUUUUCUCUUGACUGUGGAAUCAAGCCGGAGUGUGAUGCAGAGCCUCCACGUAGUCCUUUGCGAUGUUUAAUAAAAGUUGCCGUUUCCUGCUCAGCGGCUCCGGAAUGAAAAAGCGUCAUUUGCCCAGCUAGUGCACAAGGCAGGAGCCAUGCUCUGGUGUAGCUACGUCCUGCAUAAACUGCGAGUUGUUCCAGUGGCUGUGCGGUGCCUGUAGGACAGAAGAUGGACAGUCAGAGGAGGGCAGGGCAGYUGAAUCCCAGGACCUGGGCUGCAUGGUGAGAAGCGAUGGAUGCUGAAGCUGGAGUCCUCUGCACGCUGAGAGGGAGGGAGAGGAAGAAAGACGUCAGAAAAAAAAGAGCUCUGCUUCUCACAACACCACUGUUCAGCGACCCUCGUAAAAACAAAACAAAAAAAAAAACGAAAACUACUUUCGCCUUGCUCUUUCGAAACUGUUUUUCAUAUUUAGUUGGGUCUAUGGGCGGUAAAGAGAGGGAAUACUGCAUGACAAUGUUUCCUGUUUGCUGCGCAUCAUUUUCUCAGAUUUACUAAGAUGACUGCAGUGUCCUUAUACAUCAGAACCUGAUGGAUAGCACCCACCCUCACGCAGUGUUGAGCAAGCUCAAUGAGCAGCGCUCCCAAGGCCUGUUCUGUGAUGUCACCAUUGUGGUGGAGGACGUUAAGUUUCGGGCCCACAAGAACAUCCUCGCAGCAUGCAGUGGAUACUUCAAAAAUGCUCUGACAAGUUCCGACAAAUGCAGCUCCAGCCAAGUGCUGGAGCUGAUGGACCUGAGGUCUGAGGUGUUUGCUGACAUCCUUAACUUUAUAUACUGCUCAAAGGUGACAUCACUCUGUGCUGAUGACAUACGGGGGCUUGUAGCAGCAGGAAAAAGACUUGGAAUUCCUUUUUUAGAGAGGCUUACAGAGGAGAAGCAGGAUGAGUGUGUGGCGUCAACAGAACUUUGCACAGUUCUUGGGUCCAGACAAACGAAGAAGGAAGUUUCCAGGCCUGAAGAGACAGACGGUACCAGAGGGCCUCGCAUUACUAAUGCCUUCUCUAUCAAUGAAGUGAGUCUUGGCAACAAUCCCUUCACCUCUUUAGUUCAAACCAAUGAUGAGCAGCAGUUGCCAGAUGUGGGACAGCUACCAUCAAACCUUUCCACAGCAUUCUGCAUCAACGGGAGCAAUGAGCCAAACCACACCCUCUUCGAACACUCGUAUGCGGUAAGCAAAUCCACUGAAGGCAAAGAUGGGAGUCAAUGGGACAACAAUAAGUUCUACAAGCCUUCUUUACAGUCAAAGCAACUGAUUUACAGGAAUUCAGGCCCCCUCAAAAAACGCCAUAGACUGAGAGGUAUUUUGGGUAGAAGUCUACUUUCAAAGCCUGCAGAACUGCAAACCGAUAAAUUAAACACAGCAACGCCAUUAUCCACAGGUGGUUCAGAGGCACCUACCACCAUUAUGAUACCACCUUCCCUUCUUUCAGAGGCAGAAACAGAAAAACAAAUUAACACGGGGCUAUCUGCAGCCACCGAUGAAGUGAAUAUGGAGCUAGGGCCACCAUCGCUUUCUCCUCACACCGAGGACAGCGUUGCAAUCUACAGCUGUGAGCAGUGCCCAGAGAUAUUUCCAAAUGAUGCUCUACUCACCAUUCAUGCAGAGGUGCAUAAAAAACAUUUUGUUAGUCAUUUGUUUUGCAAAUUUUGCAGCAGAAAAUUCAUACACCUCAAGCGACUACACAACCAUGAGCAGGUUUGUCCAUCUGCUUUGAGAGGCUCACCUAAGCUAGAUCCCAGGGAUAUAUCAGCCAAAGACGUGUACCAAGGUUCAGAGGAUGAGUUGGAUGUGGAGAGCAUUGACACACUUCCUUCCGCGGAUUUCUCCAACUCUUUCGUGUCAGAAUCUGAUGAACCUGUUCAAUCGGAGCAUCGACAAUUUGAAAAGGCAGUGAAGCCAGGUGUUGGUCAGAGGAGAUACAACUGCAGUGUGUGUAAACGGGUUUAUGUUACCCUAUCCAGCCUGAAGCGGCACGAGAAUGUACAUUCUUGGCAGAGGGCCUACCCUUGUCAUUAUUGUAAUAAAGUGUUUGCCUUGGCAGAGUAUCGCACAAAGCACGAAAUCUGGCACACAGGUGAGAGACGCUAUCAGUGUAUUUUCUGCCUGGAGACGUUCAUGACAUAUUAUAUCUUGAAAAACCAUCAGAAGUCCUUUCAUGGCAUUGAUCCAAACCUAUCUGUUAAGAAAAAAUCUGCCAAUGGUGGGCUGAAAGCUAGUGUUUAUCCAAUCAAGCUCUACAGGCUUCUUCCCAUGAAGUUUAGAAAAAGACAAUACAAGACAUACAGUCAGAUGUAUUCAGAACAUUGUGAAAGAAGUGAUCCGUCCUCUCUAGACAACAGUUCACUUAUUCCUCCCUUUGAAGAAAAUGGUCUCACGUGUCACACUGACACAACUUCCUUUCCUCUUACAUUCAUGGCGACGACAAAAAUUGUCUCCCCUGUCAUACCACGCAUCUGCUUCAACAAGCCAAGUGACCAUGAUACGGACCAAAGUUUGAACAGUGCAUCAGAAACGCAGAGAAGCAAUAGACAAGAGGUUGAAAACAGGGAUCCAUCCACUGAUAACUGUGACAGCAUCUUUUCUGUGCAGCCCAAUUCUGAAUUGUCUGCAGUUUUCAACAAUGAUCCACCAAUAAUAAUUAAUUCAGACAACAUUGGUCAUGAUGCAUCGUUUCUAAAUUCCUUGAGUACUGUUAAGAGGUUAGGUGAGCUGUCAGCUUCUGCCAAAAGAGUUGAGGAGAUGACCAAGGAGAUUCUUCAGUCAAGCGCAGAGAAUCCAAUGUGUGAUAAAGUUGUGGAGACAUAUAUUGCCAAGCCUGCAUGCCAGGGUCCAUCCCUGGAAAAUGAUCCCAUGCCUCUGUGUCAGAUUACGGUGAAGAUAGGCAAUGAAGCCAUCAUUCGCCGUCAGAUCAAAGGGUCAAAGCUAUUCCCAAGGAAGAAAAGGAGAACAAGAAAAGCAAGUGGAGAGCAGAGUCUAAGUCAAAGCUCUCCAACGAGGGAAAACUCGGAGAGCCCUAGACUUCGCUUCAGACCAGAAAUCGCUGCCUUCACUGGUCCAGAGACGUACGAUGACCCCAACGACACAGCCGAUGAGCUUUGGCGUCCCUACUAUUCUUACAAAGCUAAAAAGAAACGAAACAAGCUCAAAUACAAACACAGCAGGCCUAUGUUUCACCAGUAUCCUGAACCAUCUGCAGACAGAACUUCUGUCAGUGAGGCCCACCUUGAUAAAACUUAUUUUCAAGCCGAGGAGAGGAACUUAGGCAAUGGUGAAGGGGUGAAACAUAGUCUUGGCAGGAACCUCAGCCCAAGGGCCACCUACAAUUGUGACAUCUGUGACAGCUCUUUUAUCACAGAGACGGGACUGAGAGCUCACGUAAUUGGUUCCCAUCCAUAUUUCUGCCGGAUCUGUGGUAAACAAGGUCCUUCUGGUGAGGCACCAGUCAGUGGUGAUUACAUCUGUAAAAGCUGCAUGGAAAAUGGCUCCUGUUUUGACAACACACCCCGAAGCCCCAACCCAGAGAAGAAAUACCGCUGCUCCUAUUGUCCCCAGCGUUUUCUGUAUCUCGCCACAAAGAGAAGCCAUGAGAAAAAACACCAGGCAGAAAACAAGGAAAGUUACAAAUACGACAAUAAAGAAGGUGCCACUAAAAUGAAGGACAGCGAUGAUCAGGAGGACAAAAACAUCAAAUCUGAGAGCAUGGAAGGAGAAUAUUUUUCAUCUGAUAAUGCACUUAAAAACAAGGAUGCAAAUGACUUUAUGUCUUUAACUGCUUACCAAGAUAUCUCAAAAUCCAACAUUAAAAGACCACUGUCCCCCUGCUCUGACUCACUGCCUUCUCUCACAUCCUCAAAAGUCAAGCAUAAAAUUGUAAAAAGGAGGAUCAACGUGCAUCAUUCUAUGCAUCUCCUUUCAAAAAAGCAAGUCUACAACAGAGACAAUGACAGCAAAAAGAGUAUGUUGACAGGACAUGGAUAUAGAACACACAGUCAUGAAAAGGCCAGUAAACAGUUAGGGAGGAAUGAUUCUGAGUCAAACAGUGCACACAUUUCUGUUCACAAGCCAGAGAAAUGGGUGUGCAAAGAAGAGCCCUUUUUCUAACAUGACUGAGGACUGAAACCAUUUGUAGGAAAAAAAAUCUGAAGUUGUUGCUUUUGUUAAAAAGGCCAAUUCUUUAAAACAGACAAUGCAAAGUAUAAGAAUGUAACAUCAGUAGUCUUUAAAUUCUUCCUUACUGAACUCCAAUUAAGGACACAGUGAUUUUAUCUUUUUUUUCCAUAUACAUAGAAGGUAGUUUUUGUAUUAUAGGACUUAUUGACACAAACUGUAUUUUGUCCUUAGUCUAUGCAUGUAUGGCAGAGUCCGUAACUCAUGGUAAUGUUUUUAACACUGUGCAAUAACAAAUCAACAGUUCCAAUGCAGAAAAGUGACCUAUUGUUGGCAUAUCUUCCCUUUUUAUUAAAAAUGUAAAAAAAAUUGUUAAAUAUGGGCAAAACAAUAGAAAUUCUCUGCUGACACAUUGUUGAAUCUCCUGUUCUGUUUGCACUUUAUAUGUACACUAUGCUGAUUUGUUCUUUAAUACUUUGAUCAUUCAAUUUUUAUUCUAAGCACCACUGAUGUUUGAAUUUCUAUUAUUAAUACACAGAACCACUGAGUGGAUAUUAAUUCCUUUUUUUGUGUUUAUUAUGUUUAAAACAUGUAAAAGUAUUCAAAUAAAUAUUAUUGAUAUUAUGAA